UAUGUGGUGCUGAGGAUGCUGAGGAUUGAACCUGGGCCGCCUGCAUGCCGGAACUUGUGAACAUCCUGCUUCCCUUCAGAAAGAGAACAUGGAAGAAGAAAGAAUAGCUGCUAAAUUGCAGAAAACAAUGAUAUAGUUAUAGAUGGACACAAUAUCUUAAUUUUAUUUUUCUGUGGUGCUGAGGAUUGAACCCAGUGCUCUACACAUGCUAGGACUCGGUGACCUUUGAGGAUGUGACUGUGGACUUUAACCAGCAGGAGUGGGCUUUGCUGGAUCUUGCUCAAAGGAGCCUCUAUAGAGAUGUGUUGCUGGAAACCUUCCGGAACCUGGCCUCCCUAGAGCAGUUUCAAGUUCACAGCAAAAUUUACUGGAAGGUGGAGAGAUCUGCCCUAUCUCUGCUGCCACCUGGGGACAGCCUCUUCCACUAUCAGCAUCCACCACCAGAGUGGUAAAUUUGUUAAAAUGAAUGAACCUACAUGACAUAUCAUCAUCACCUAGAGUCCACAGGAUAUGUUAGCACUCACUUGUGGUGAUGUACAUUCUUUGGCUUUUGGGACAAUGUAUAAUGACAUGUACCCACCAUUAUGGAAUUCCAUAGAGUAGUUUCACAGCCCUAAAAAUCCUCUGUGCUCUACCUUUUUUAUCUUUCAUGUUCCUUAAUCCUUUGGGAGCCACUGACCUUUAAAUUCUCUCUAGUUUUGCCUUUUGCAGGAAAUCACAUAGUUGGAAUCAUAUUGCAUGUACCCCUUUUCAGAUUGGCUUCUUUCACCUAAUAAUAUGCAUUUAAAUUUCUUUCAUGUCUUCUCAUGACCUAUAGCUGAUUUUAGUGCUUGAUAAUAUUUCACCAUCAGGAUAUGCCACUGUUUAUUGUAUUGAUCUACUCCCCUUCUGGUGACAUCUUGAUUGCUUCCACAUUGGGGCAGUUAUGACUACAGCUGUCAUAAAUAUUCAUGUGCAACUUUUUGUGAGGAUGUAAGUUUUCCACUCCUUUGGGUGGAUACUGAGGAGCACAAUUGCUGGAAUAUAUGGUAAGAAUAUGUUUAAUUUUAUAAGAAACCAAAAAACCAUCUUCCAAAGUGGAUUUUUUUGCCAAGUUGCAUGCUUUCCAGCAUUUGACAUUGUCAAUAUUGUGGAUGUGGGCUAUUCUAAUAGAUUUACAGUGGUGUCUCAUUGUUCGAAAUUGCAUUUUCCUGAUAAUGUAUGAUGUGAAACAUAUUUUUAUUUACUUAUUUGCCAUUUGUAUAUCUUCUUUGGUGAGGUGUCAGUUGAAGGUCUUUGGCCAAUGUUUUUAUAAGACUGUUGAUUCUUAUUGUUGAACUUAAAAGCUGUUUGUGUAUUUUGGAACAGUAUCUUAUCAAAUGAAUCUCUUGGAAUUGUUUCUUCUAAGCUGUGGCUUGUCUUUUUAUUUUCUUGAAAAUCUUUAGCAGAAGAUAAAUUUUUAAUUUUAAUAGAGUCUAGCGUAUCAAUUGUUGUUUCAAGAAUCAAUCCUUUUGGUAUUAUAUCUAAGAUGUCUAUGCCAAGCCAAGGUCAUCUAGAUUUUUCACUGUAUUUUCUAGGAGUUAUCUAACUCUAUAUUACACUUACAUAAUUUUAGGUUAAUGCUUGUGAAUAUUUCACUUUUUUACUUGUGUUUCCAGUUAUUCCAGCAGCAUAACUUUAGGAAAAACUAUAUUUUUAAAAAAACUACUGCAUUUGUUCCCUUUUGAAAGAUCAGUUGACUCACAGUCAUCCUUUGGUAUCCAUAGUAAAUCCCUCUCAGAGAUAAAAUUUGUGUGUUCUAAUUUCUUAUUUAAAGUGAUAUAGUAUUUGUAUGCAACAUAUUCACAUUUUCUCAUAUAUUUUAAAUAAUUUCUUGAUUACUUCCAAAACAUAAUACAACGGAAACCUGUCAAUACUUGUUAUACUGUAUUGAUCAACGAAUGAUGACAAGGAAAUAGAGACUGUACCUUUUUAGUGCAGACGUCAAUUUUUUCCCCUAAUAUUUUAUGUUCAUGAUUGAGUCCGUGGAUAUAGAUGGCUAACUGUAUUUAUGUGUAUUUGUUUAUGGCCUUUCUAUUCUGUUCCAUUGAUGUAUUUGGACAUUAAUGGGGGUGGACAGUGUUCAACCUGUACAUAAGAGGUCACUUUAGCUUGUAUCUGACAGAAAACAGAGGCAAUUGAAUAUUUUGAGAGUGGAAUAUUGCCUUUUCUCUUUGUUUGUUUCUUUUUUUUUUUUGACUGUCCUUAGAUAGAAUUAUGAAGUGGCCUUAUUUUGUUUAUUUAUCAUGGUCUUGGAAAAGCUUGGUAUUCUGAGAUUAUUUAUGUUCAUUAGGAAAAUAAAAUGUCCUGGCUGUAUCAGACAAGCUUAUAGUAAUAUUGAUACUCAUGUGUAAAUUUCAGAUCACUUACGCACAUCAGAGGCUGCUUUUAUCUCCCCAUCUCUGUUUUUUCUUUUCCUUUAUCUUUUCUUUUUUCUUUCAUAUAUUUGACAUUUUGCUGAAGUGAAACUUACACUUAACCAACUUCAGAGUAUCAGAAUACCAAAAUUUUGGCCCCAUCUUAGGAAAUGUGUGUAUUUCUUCAUUGUUUUCCCUCCUGAUAUGCCUCCUGCCUGUGCAGGGUACCCACUACAUACACUCCAUCUGAUCUCCCAGUGAUUACAAGAGGAAGAACUGCAUACAGCCAAAAGAGGGCAUAUCCAGAGCUUCUGUACUGAACAGCACCAGGAAAGCAAGAAUCUCUGGGAUAAACUGGUCUUGGAGGGGAAAAUAAUCAAGUAGAAGUAGUUCGUUUUGUGAGGAUGAUGAUCUUCCACAAAUAGCUCUAAUUGAUCUUUAGACUUUUUAUCAAUGCUCUCACGCUGUUUUUGUUCUUGUCAAAGAAUCCCUUUAUACUCUCUUUUUAAGUGAAUAUUUGGUAUGUACCUUUUAUUCUGUUCCUUUCUCUUUGGUUUCAUAAUAAUAUUCUAGUAAUGUUAUCAUCAGCAUCAGUCUUCAUUGAACUAUUUCUUAGUGAAUUGCUUACCAUUUGACUGUUUUGCUUGUUAAUACCCAAAUUCCUGAAACAGCCACACUUUUAAAAGUCCUUUGCUCUCAAAUGCCUUCAUAUUUUUAUUUCACAUUUUGAGUCUCUACUUAAUACUGCUAAUGAAUUAGUUGCUCUUUGAGAUACUGAUAGAGAAAAAUUAUCCAAUGAACAGAAAAUAUUGAGAUUGAAAAGAAGUGGUUCCUCUAAUUUGUAUGAAAAUGGGGAAUCUGGUGGUGUUGGUGAUUAGAACAAAAGCCAUGAGAGACAUUUGAGGUGAGUGCCCUUCAUAUAAUAGUAGGUAGUGCCUCAAGGGAGAAACUUAAAAUGUUUUGAUUUAAGAAAUGUGUAUACAUAAGCCUAGGUCAAAAAUUGUGGUCUCACAAAAAAUUUUGUCAAGAUGAUUUUUUUCCUCAAAUGAAACUGAAAUAUUGAAUCUUUGACACCUACUUUAAUUAUCAGAAUUAUUGGAAAAAUUGUUACUGGAGUCCUAGGGGACCAGCAUUUCUAGUACUUUUGGGAGUACUCACCUGAGCUUCCAUAUUAUAUAGACAAGGGGACCAGGAAUGUAUGAAAGCCUUCCAUUGCUCCUCCUUGUUCAGGAAGCACAUGAAGAUUCAUAGUGAAAAGACAAACUAUGCAUGUAAGGAAUGUGAGAAAGCCUUCAGUAGUUCUUCCCACCACACUGAACACAACAGAAUUCACAGUGGAGAUAAGCCCUAUGAAUGUAAGGAAUGUGGGAAGGCCUUUAGCUCUUCCUCUUACCUCAUAAUACAUAAAAGAAUUCACUCCUGCUCCUUGGCAUAUACCUAGUAGACUUAAAAAUAGGUCACAGAAAGUGUUCACACAUGACAGGCCAUGGAAAGUUUCUUUCUCGUCCCCACUCCACUUCACUUCAGUCACCCACUUCUUCAUCCACUCUUGCAAUCAUUCCACAAGUCACAAAACUCAAGUCAAGGUCUUGAGUUCCAUUCCUACUCAGGAAACUAGAGUUAAAAAUGUACCUUAGAUGUACUUGUGGUUAAGUCUUCUAGAACACUGAUUUAAUGUUCAGGAGAUCAAGAAACAAUUAAGAGGAACAAAGUAGGACUCAGACUAAAAUUCAAUGUUGGCUCCACUGAUUUCUGUGUGACAUAGAGCAAGUUCUUUAUAUCUCUGAGACUCUAUGUUGUCAUUGAAUUAAUAUCUAGUUGACACAACUAUACUGAGCAAGGCUUAAACAGAUAAUGAAUAAUACAUCCUCUGUGCCAAGGAAGAUUUAUUUUAGCUCUGGGAAAUCCCAAAAUGAAUGAUUCAGUCACUCUUCUCCAAGUAUUCAGUAUUUACUUAUAUAAGAACAAAAAGUUGCAAUUAGAGGACUAGAAAAACCAUAACACAAGGUCACAGAAUAUUUAGGUCAAACAGUAUCGUGAUUAACUUUACUAUGAUAAUUAAUUCUAAAUCUUAUCCUAUUUCAAGAAUGUGGAGAUUUCCAAUUUAUUCUGUGAUCCUUCUCAAUUCCUUAGUCUUGCCUGUUCUUAUACCUUUACCGAAAAUCAUAAUCACAAAUUUUGUUGGUGCCAUGUAUGGUUUUAUUCCUUUCUCAGGUAUAAUUUUCUCUUACAAUAAAAUUGUUUUUACCAUUUUGAGAAUCCCAGCAUCAGGUGUGAAGUAUAAAGUAAUCUCCACCUCUGGGUCUCACCUAUCAGUUGCUUGCUUACACUGUGAAACAGAAAUUGGAAUAUUCCUUGCUUCAGCUGUAUCACAUUUUCCAAAAACGGUUGAAGUGGCCUCAGUGAUGUACACUGUGGUCACUCCCAUGCUGAAUCCCUUCAUCUACAGGCUGAGAAACAGGAACAUGAAAAGUUCCCUGAGAAGGCUCCACAGCAGAAUGGUCUAAUCUCUGGACCUGUGGCUUCCUUUUAGAAUAUUGGUUGGAAAAGGCAACAAAUCUAUCUAUACCUAUAAAUCCUGCUUUCUUUCUUAGUUUCUUAGUUUCAUUGUUUUUGUAGUUUAACAUUUUUAACUUCCACCAUCUUAUUUAGUAUAGAGAUGAUUUCCACAGUUGGUGGAAGAGAGUAAUGUGAAUUUUUUAAAAAUAGGCACUGUUUCAAUUUGAGAAAAUAAAAACUUUCUGGAGAUGGAUAAUAUUGAUAGUUUCACAAAAAUGUAAAUGAGAUUAAUGCCACCAAGGAGUAUAUUUUAAAGUGAUAAAAUGGUAAAUUCUUGUAUGUGUACUUUAGCACAGAACAAAUGGAAUAAAAUAAAGAUUACUCUUUAAAAAAAGAUAUAAAUGAAGUAAAUAUUACACAUGAGCAUCCUCCAGAGUACAUGAAGGUUUAAAAUCUUUGGUGGACAUUCUUUUUCUCUAAUACUUCUUUCUCGUUAAUAUCUAUUAAUUCCACAGAGGUUGGGAUAACAGACCAAUUUGUCUAAUUAUGAGCAUUGUGCAUUGAGACUCCAAGGGCAUAUACUAGAAAAUAUUCAACUUGUGUCUUCAGCCUUCAGUAUGUUGAUUCUAGUCAAGUGGACUCUAUAUCUGUGUCUGCUCUCCAAUGGUUUUCUACACCAGAAAGCUCCUGUCACAUAUUCAUAUCAAUUGUGAGGACAGAGUCUGAACCUUCACUGGGCUUCAGGCAGAGGACGAGUGUUGGAUCCAUAGUACUUGGUCAUGAGUCAGCAGACACAGAGUGUAACCAAGUAAGUGCUGAGGGAGUCAGGGAUAGAGGAAGGACUGACAACUGAAGUGUUAUUUCUUUAUUAUUCAAAUACACAACAACUACAGUUGGCAGAAGGGAGAAUAACUAUAUGAAAAAUCAGAUAUGUUAACUUUAAAUUCAAUGUUAUUUGUGGCGAAGGUGAAAAAAAAUCUCAUCCAAAGUAAUGCUUUCCACCCCACCAGUUCUCCUUCUAUAGACAUCUUACCCAUAUUAGCUAAAACUGGUUCCUGUAAAUGGUUUCAUAAGCAUUCCAAAACCUUCAUCAUUCAGACAGUGGUGAUGAGGAGGAAGAUGACAAUAGGCAUAACAUCAUUUACUCUUACUGUUUCAUUUCAUGUACAUAGUUUUCUCCAAAUAUAGACUCUUACAUUUUUAAUUCUUACAGGAAGGAAGGAGCACCUUUUUGUGUAAUGAACACUAGCUAGGUAGGUAGAAAUGAAGGAAGCCUUACUUGAAUAAAUAUGAUUAGGACCCAUGUCAUUCUUGCCGUUAGAAUGCUGGCAUGUUGUGCUAUUGACACUCAACCUGCUGUUCACUUCCCUCUCACUCCAGGAGAGACUGCUUGCUUCCUGUUUUCUUUUCUCUGGAGGUUUCAGGUAGAUCACAGUGGAGUCAUCUUUAUUUUAUUAAUUGAACUUACACCAUUGUUGUUGAAUAAAAUGAGUUGUAUUCUGCAUCUGCUGCAUGAGCUAUAGGCAGGAGAACUGUGGGUCACAGGCAGUGAUCACAAAGCAAUAAUGUGUAUUUCAGCACAGACCUCUCUCCCCCUCAUCUUGAGACAUGUGUGCAGCUCUCUCGGUCUUCCAUCAUUCUUACAAUCUGCCACUCUAUCUCAAUAAAGUUGGCUCCUGGCACUCUUAGUCAGGAAUCUGGAGACCUUAAAAUUCACUUUAGAUGUAUCUGUGGUUAAUGUAUCUGGGCCUCUCCUUAAAAUUGAUGAUUGAGAAACAAACAUUUCAGUGUUCCAGAUCUAGAGACUGACAAUAUAAUUUGUAAUGCUGUUAGAUUUACUUUCCUUCUUUACUUCCUUCCUUUAUUCCCUUUUCCCUCCUGAAUUCCUCCUCAUCCCCUUCUUUAUCUUUAUUUCUUUAGAUUACUAUUGGGGAUUGAACCCAAGACCUCAUUUGUGCUAGGGAAGUGCUCCACCAAUGAGGUCUAUCCCCAACCCUCCACUUAUUAUCUCUGUUAUGUAGGGAAAAUAUUUGGUAUCUCUGACACUCAGCAUGAUCAUCUGAGUUGAAUUAUAGUUGAUAGAACUUCACCAAGUAAGGAUUACAGAUGAAACAUUCUCUCUAUAUGAUUAAUAUAGAAUGGAUAAAUGGAUAUAUGAAAUAAGUGCAAAAUAAAAUUUAGACUAUAGCAUUAAUAAUGAUGAUUUUAACCUUCAUACCAUUCAACAAAAAUGUCCUGUGACCUGAAGCUACUCUUUUUCUAUAUCUGUAGUAGAACAUUUUAUUUUUGUCAUUAUGUAAUUAUAUGCUAUAUAUCUGGUGAGAAAUGACUAACUCUCAUUUCUGAUUCCUUAGUACCUAUUCUUUGUUCACCAAAAAGUAGGCAUCACCAAAAAAAUUACAGAUAAAUAUUCAAUAGAUCAUUUUUUUGUUCACAGAAAAUGGCCAUAAUCAAAUGAUUUUCUUCUUUCUAUACUUUCAUCACUUUCAAGAGUGUCCCAUAGAACUGGGGAUAAGAUAAAAUAGCUCUUUUUAUGUCUAUGUCAUGGACAUAUUGGUUCAAUAAUUCCAGUUAUCAGCACCUGCAAUAUUUAGUUUUUCACUGACUAUGGUAAAGGUUUUUAUGGGUAUAGAAUGACAAAAAGUUGCAGAUAGAGAAGGAGCUAUAUGAUUCUUAUUGCUUGGAGUAAGACACGGUUUAGAGUUUCCAGUUAUCCCAGGAAUGAGUACCCUUUGACAAUUGCAUUUAUCAUAAAUUCACAUUUUCAUAAGAAUUCAGUUCUUUAUUUCUUUAAAUACGAUGGCCAAAUAUUUAUUAAAUUCUAAACUUCCCUAAUAUGUCAGAUAUGUACAAUAGAUAAGUGUUAUUCUUUCCAUUUCCAUUAAGUAGUAUAAGUUCAGAGAAGUGCAAAGAUUUAUACACAUUCUACAGAUUAGAGCAGGUUAAUGGUUUGAAAUAAAGAUGUUCAUUUCUUGUCUCCCUACUUGUCUCCCUCCUCUACUGUAGCCAAUGGAAAUAAUAUUCCUAUAGGAGAUGAAAUCUAUUAGCAUGACACCAUGGAAAAAUUAUUAUUAGAUCUACUGCAGGGAUAUUUUUUAUGGUGUAUCUUAACAAUAAUAGAAUAUAUUGAUAGUAACAAAUAUUUUAUUGAAAUGAUAUAGGUGAUUAAUAGUAAAACUGUACAUGUCUCAAUUAUUGGAAGUCAACCAUUAUCUAAUACACACAUAUUACAUAGAAAUUCUCACUUGUGAUAUAGGGAGAAUAAGAAUUUUGAAAAGACUGUCAUAAUGAUAAAAAUUAAAUGAUAUUCCUUCCCAAAAUAAUUCUGUAAGUCAUUUAAAGCAUUUGAAGUAGCUAUAUGCACUUUAUAGAAACAUUUCAGGAGAAAUGGGUUUUAGUUCCUUUGGGAAGUUUUCUCAAAUGGUGUUCAUGGACACAUAAGUCAAUAGGACAUGGGGAGAGUGACAGAAAAAUACACUAACCAAAUUCCUGUUAUUAGUUGCUUUGGGGGGACAGAAGAGCAGGAGAAUAUAAUCUUGUUAGAUAUGAAAAACUAAAAUUUAAUGGAUAACCAUCAAAUCUUUUAUCAAAUAUGAUUUUUGAAUGUAAAGUGACUACAGAAUAGAAAUUUAAGCCAAAAAGAAAAAUGAAAUUAUGUCAUUUUCUGGAAACCUGAUGGAACUUGAAAGUAUCAUGUUAAGCAAAGUAAGACAGAAAGGCAAGUGUUUUAUGUUUUCUAUGUGGAAGCUAUAAAGGGUAAUAGGGAUCUCACUAAAACAGAAGUGAGGCCAUUAGUGUAAAAGAAGGAAAUGAGAGAGGUGAGAAGGUAAGGGGGGACUGGGGAGUGAAAUUGGUUAAAUUAUGUGCAUGUGUAAAAAUGCCACAAAGAACCCACUAUUCUGCAUAAUUAAUAUACACAAAUAAAACAUUUAAAUAUUAUUUUUGAAUAAUAUAUUAUUAUUAUUUUUAUUUUAAUGGGGGUAGUGAAUAUUAUUGAAAUUAAUAAAAUUUAUCACUAUGGAGCUUUUUUGAAGUGCACAAAGGCAGUGGUUCUCAACUCUAGUGUAAGAAAGGGUCAUGAGGAACUUCACAUGCAGGUAGUAUAAUUAAAUUAAUUUGGCUUGUGGUCACUGUAUCUGAAUAUUUUAAAAAGUUAGCCAAUAAAUGUAUUGAUAAAUGAAACUGAGAAAUACUAGUUUAUACAGUACAAAAGAUUUUUUAAACACUUCCUUGUAACAACCCUAUAUGGUAUGUAAUUUCAUCUCCAUUAUGCAAAUCAGAAAACUCGCUAGAGGUGUCCUAUUCUUUUCUUUACAGUUUUCUCCAAUUAAAUCAGAGUUGACAAAUUAACGAACUUGACUUGCCUUUGGGUAGUUGAAGUGAGACAAUUGUAAUCCAUAUGUCAGGAAGGAUUGAUGUGAAAAUCUAAACAUAAGAAAGUGGGGGCUCAAACCUAAGGUUUGAGACUCUUCCUGAUGUUGAGGUGCUAAGAUAUAAGAAGGUUUAUGAUCAGCAAAACAAUUAAGCAGAUUGGAAGGCCCUAGAGGAUAAAAUUUAUAUAUUAAAUGAUUUUUAGAAGGUAAACCAUAUUUGACAGAUCCAGUAUAUCCUUGAAGGAGGGAAAUUGGAAAAAUCAAAGAACAGGGGAUUUAUUUGCUAGCAGAUAAAUGGCAAGUUUUUUUUUUUUUAAAUUACAAACAGCCAACUUUUAUUUGAUGUGCAGAUAUUUCAUUUCUAGAACUUAGUUUACAAAUAUUCUAAGUUAAUUGAACUUAUACCAUUGUUGUUGAUUAAAAUGAGAUGUAUUCCACAGGCUAAAGUUCAUUCAAUAUAAAUUAUUUUUUUUCUACACAGGGAAGAAUAUGUCUUAUUCUCUAUUUUAUCUUAAACAGCUGGUUGUUAUUUAACUGGAAUCAUAAACUUGUUGUGUGUAAUGUGCUUGGUCUUCUAACAUUACAUGGUUGAGUGUCUCUAAAGUAGUUGUGAACAAGAGGUAAAUAACACAGAUACAAAUAAUGAAAGAGUUCUAGGAAAAGUGGAUAUGUCAAAAAUCAGAAGUGUUUCUAAAAGUCAUGGAACACAAGUGUGGAAGGUUGAAUAAUUGAAUUUAAGUUAUAUACAGAAUUCGUGGUGCCUCUUCUUUUUCCCACUGGCUUUUCUUUCUCAAAAGGUGUCCAAACAAUAAAGGACCACAAAAUAUAACACAUCUCUCAGAAUUCCAUCUCCUAGGACUCUCGGAAGAUCCACAACUUCAACCCAUUCUCUUUGGACUUUUCCUGUUCAUGUACCUGGUCACAGUGCUUGGGAACCUGCUCAUCAUCCUGGCUGUCAGCUCUGACUCCCACCUCCAUACCCCCAUGUACUUCUUCCUUGCCAACCUAUCUUUGACUGACAUCUGUUUCAUCUCCAUUAUGGUUCCAAAGAUGAUUGGGAAUAUCCAGACUCACAGCAGAGUCAUCUCCUACAUGGGCUGCCUGACACAGAUGUCUCUUUUUAUCAUUUUUGGAUGUAUGGAUGAUAUGCUUCUGACCGUGAUGGCCUAUGACCGGUUUGUGGCCAUCUGUCACCCUCUGCAUUACUCAGUCAUCUUGAACCCUCAUCGCUGUGUCUCUUUAGUGUUGAUGUCUUUCUUAGUUAGCCUUUUGGACUCGCUGUUGCACAAUUUGAUCAUUUUACAACUUCCUUACUUCAAGGAUAUGGAAGUUGCUAACUUCUUCUGUGACCCUUCUCAACUUCUUAAUCUUUCCUGUUCUGAUACUUUUAUCAGUAAUAUAGUAAUGUGUUUUGUUGUCACCAUCUCUGGUUUCUUUCCCAUCUCAGGAAUCUUUUACUCUUACUAUAAAAUUAUUUCCUCCAUUAUGAGAAUCCCAUCCUCAGGUGGGAAGUACAAAGCCUUCUCCACCUGUGGGUCUCACCUCUCAGUAGUUUGCUUGUUUUAUGGUACAGGCUUUGGAGUGUACAUUGGAUCAGCUGUAUCAAAUUCUCCCAGAAAGGGUGCAGUGGCCUCAGUGAUGUACACAGUGGUUACUCCUAUGCUGAAUCCCUUCAUCUACAGCCUGAGGAACAGGGACAUUAGAAGAACCCUGAGGAAGCUCCACAGCAGCAUAGUCUAAUCUAAGGACCUGUGGUUUCCAUUUGGAAUAUAGUUUGGAAAUACAGCAAAACUAAACAUACAGACACAUGAAUCAUAUCUCCUGGGUCACAUUAGUUUUGUACUUUGUAUGCUUUAAUUAUCAUCAUGUUUCAUAGUAUGGAGGCAGUAAUAUUUUAGAGAAGGAAGAAUGGGAGGAUUUUAAAAUGGAUACAAAAUUUUAGUUUUGGAGGAUGAAAAAUUACUGGGGAUGGACAUCACUGAAUACUAAACAUUAAUUUAAAUAUAAUUAAUGUCUGAAUUUUGCACCCUUUACUUAGUCUUCUAAGUUGUAGUACUAUUUUUGGUCAGCCUUUUGGACUCCUGGCUGCAAAAAUGGUUUGCUAUACAAUUUAUUAUUUUAAGGAGGUGGGAAGUUCCAACUUCUUCUGCCAACCUUCUCUAUUUAUUAAUAUUGUCUGUUCUGACACUUUCACUAAUAGCAUAGAUGUUUAUUUUCUUGGUGCAAUAUCUUGCAAUUAUUGCAAGAUCCUAUCUCAAGGAUCCUUUUUUUCUUAUUAUAAAAUUCUCAUUCCGUUGUUCAGAGAACUCCAUCAUCAGGUGAGAAGUAUAAGUAAGGCCUUCUUCACCUUUGGGUCUCACUUGGCAUUUUUUUCUUACUUUAUGAGUUAAUCUUGGGGUGUACAUUGGUUCAGUCAGAUCACAUUCUCCCAGAAGCAGUGCAGAAGCUUCAGUGAUGUACACUGUGAUCACUCUUAUGCUGAAUUCCUUCAUCUACAACCUGAGGAACAGGGACAUGAGGAGGCUCCACAGCAGAACAAUCGAACCUCACUCAGGUCCUGAGGCAUCCAUUAGGAAUCUAGUUUGGAAAAGGCAGCCAAACUAAAGUCAUAGAACUGUCGUCCCAGCAUGUUAAUUUGCAGUUUGUGUGCUUAAUUCCUCUUCUUGUUUCACAGCAGAAUGUUGUUGGACGCUGACUGGAGAUAGAGGAAUAGGGACUUUUAAAAGUAUGCACAAAUGCUCAAUUUGGGAAUUGGAAAAUUUUGUACAAAUGCAUGAUGGUGAAAUUGAACAACAUGUGAAUAUAAUCAAUGCCACAGUACUGUAAACAUAAAAAUGGUGUUUUUUUCUCAUGUAUUUUUACCACUAUAAAGAAUGGAAAUAAAAUGAGAAUGUUCUCUAAAAAUUGAAGACACAAAAGAAGUUAAUAUGUACAGCUCAAUUCAUAAUAGCCAAGUUGUGGAAUCAGCAUAGUUUCCUGUUGACAAAAGAUUUAUAAAGAAAAUAUGUCACAUAUACAUGAUGCCAU